UCGUGCGUGGGCCUCUCCCGUUAAUCUAAAUCCUCUUGAGUUUUUUCAGUUAAUUAAAAUUAUCCCUCUACUUCAUUAUCAUAAUAUCCUCAGGAAUUACCAUUCUUUAGUCGGGCAACGAGUUAUCCGUUGGACAAUUCAUUACAAUUGAGUGAAGAAGUGAUUCGAAAUGACGUCUGGAUCGUGAUUGUUGCGAAAUUAUUUUGAAAAUUUCAACCCCUCAUUAGUGAUGAUACAGAGUAUCGUUGGAUUUGUCUUCCUUCUCUGAAGAAAUGUCCGUGUCUUUCGGGCGGAGGAUCUCCGGCGCUGUUGCAGUUCUUCGAGGCCGACCGUUCGAAAUCAAACAGGAUGACUCGAUUAAUAUCGGUGCUCUCGGGAAAAUGCCAGUGGAUAACGAGACCAAUGUCGUGACUACUCAGCGAAAGGGAGCACUCGUAAAGAUUGAAGAAUGGAUGACGGAAAAUUUGCUACUAGUUCUGACGGUGGCUGGAGUUAUCACUGGAUUUGGUUUCGGAUUCCUGGGGCGUCUUUGGAAUUUCUCAGACGAAAGUAUCAUGUUAAUUAGUUUUCCUGGGGAAAUUCUCAUGCGGCUUUUGAAGAUGUUCAUUUUGCCACUGAUCAUCUCUUCGUUAAUCACCGGGAUGGCAAAAUUAGACGCCAAGAGUUCAGGACGAAUGGGCUGCCGAGCCCUAUGCUACUACUUAGCCACAACAGUUUUAGCUGCGAUCCUAGGAAUAGCUGUCGUCAUGACGAUUCACCCUGGUGAUCCCAGAAUUAAGAACAUCACUCCUGUGAUUUCACACCAGGACAACUCUUUGAAUCAACGUAUGUCAACAGUAGAUGCAAUGCUCGACAUCAUAAGAAACUUGAUGCCAGAAAAUUUGGUACAAGCUUGCCUGCAGCAAGUCCAGUCCUCCUACGUGAAGACGCCGGUGGUUACAUCCUUGGGAAAGGAAAAUAAGACGGAGUAUAUAAUGGAGCAUCAACUGAUUUACAGAGAUGGGACGAAUGUCAUGGGAAUGAUAAUGUUUUGUAUUACAUUUGGAUUACUGUUGGGCCAGAUGGGACAGAAAGGACAAGUCAUGGUCGAUUUCUUCGAGGCUCUUAAUGAAAUCGUCAUGAAAAUCGUCAGUCUCAUCAUUCUAUGGUAUUCACCGAUUGGAAUAAUGAGUUUAAUCGCCGGAAAAAUAAUGUCCAUAUCGAAUUUAGUCACAACCGCGAAGAUGUUGGGUCUCUACAUGGUGACAGUGACCGUAGGUCUCUUGAUUCACGGAAUGGUGACCCUUCCCUUGAUAUACUGGCUCGUUACCCGUCGGAACCCCCUAACUUACUUCCGAGGGAUGAUUCCAGCCUGGCUCGCAGCAGCCGCCACCGCCUCUAGCGCUGCAAUUAUGCCGAUUACGUUUCGAUGCCUUGAGGAGAACAAUAAAGUCGAUUCUCGAGUUACGAGAUUUGCUGUCGCUGUCGGUGCGACAGUUAACAUGGAUGGAACAGCUCUUUAUGAGGCUGUUGCUUCCAUUUUCAUCGCUCAGAUGAAUGGCAUUCAUCUGGGAAUGGGGGAUGUCAUUACUGUCAGUGUUACUGCCACUUUGGCAAGCAUUGGAGCAGCAAGUAUCCCAAGUGCAGCAUUAGUGACGAUGCUGUUAGUAUUAACUGCCCUUGGUCUUCCCACGAAUGAUAUUUCAUUACUGUUCGCUGUUGAUUGGUUAUUGGAUCGUUUAAGGACGUCUAUCAAUGUCCUUGGAGAUGGAUUCGGAGCAGGUAUAGUCUACCACCUCAGUAAACACGAGCUCGAAAAAAUGGACGAAGAUCGAAAAUUAGAAUGCCUAGAAUCUGUCAUCUACGUCGAAGAUAAUUUACCGCAGAGUAAUAAUGAGAAUGAAGAUACGUGUGAUGUUAAAACGUCGGAGAGCAGCGUUUAACUACCCUAGAGUACUUCUUCCUCACGUUUCAUUAUAUAUUUUUCAUGCAUUUCAAGAAUAAAUGUCAGAAACUGCCAGACGAUAAUACUAUCAGUAAAAGUAGAGGAUUUUUUUCGGCACCGACCCUUAGAUAUGUUCGAAAUAAUUUUUUUUUAAUUUCGCGAAAACUCAGCUCUCUGACUCAAUUCUACAGCCCCCCCCCCUCCGAGUCUUCUUUUUUCCAAAUUAAAUAAUACCUAUUUAUGCUAAAAUUAUGAUUCUAUUUUUUUUCUCUCACUAAUAUAUCUUUGAAAAUUAUGUAAAAACGAAAAAGUCUUGUGGCAAUACGGUACUGUUUCGGACUUUUUUUUUCCUUUAUCAGUGUAGUAAUUGUUAUAUGGACAUUGAUGUUUCUAUUAUUCACUGCACUAAGAUACCGGAUAUACGUGAAUAAAAAAAGUUCGCAAUAAAAAAAAAUAUUACAUUUCCUUGAGAUAUUUCAUUUUUAUUAAAUUUUUCGAAAUAUGUCAGUAAGAAAAAAAAUACAAUGCUUCCAUUCGGAAGCAAUUAUCAUUUCAGGAAAAACCUGUGUUAUUCACAUGGGAAAAAUGAAAACUCUUGGGGGCGCUUUUUUGGCUUUUUCUAGAUUUUUUUCUACAGUUUAAUCUUCUCUCUAAUCUCGGAAAAUUUAUUUUCUCAUAAGACUGUUAUUUUGUUACUUCUAAAUUAGUUAUCAUCAAUAAUACUAGACUGCCAAUUGAAUGCGAACUCAACCAGAAUGUUUUUAUUCAUAUCAACUUCCGUUUAGAAUUUCUUUCAGAUAUUCAUCUUCAAAAUUUUAGUUGUGUUUACACUGACAUGAACAAAGGUUUUUGAGAAUUACGUCUUUACUUAUAUCAAGAAACUUCUGACUUGAAAAUUUUCAAGAAUAAAAUAUCUCGCACUGAGAAAAUAAGAACUUUCGUCAUUUAAUUUUGUACUUGUCCUAAAGAAGAGGGCAAUUUCUUCAUGACAAGAAUGCGAUUCCUCAAACCAAGCAAAAUUGAAUUAAUUCAUUUAAUAGUUUUUUGGCCUCAAUUCUAAAAUACUUUAAUGCAAAAACCACUUUAAUUGAUUUGAGAAUUCGUUUUCUUGCUAUGAAGAAAUUGCCCUCAUCUUUCGGACAAGUAUAAAAUUUCUUGGCGUAAGAUGUUUUUUUCUUUAUGUGAGAUAUGGUGCGCUUGGUAAUUUUCAAGCCACGAAUUUCUUGAUACAAGUAAAGAAGUACUUCUUAAAAAACUCUUGUUUUCUCAGCGUAUAGUACUUUAAAAUCAAGUUACAGCGUUGGGUCUGCGCGGAUUUUUGUUAUACACGUCGAACAUAUCCAAGGGGCAGCGAUUAACAAAAAAAUCCCUAACUGGCACCCUAAUUAGUAAAUAUACCUAAAAGGAUUGAUUAACAGGAGCAUUUCGAGUACAAACCAGUAAAAUAAAAAUGUACAGUUUCAUUGAAUCAAUAUACUCAACUUAAUUAUUUGACGAAUUAUAAAUAGAUUUGAUUUAUUGAAUCUUCAUUCACACUUAAUUGAAUAUCAAUUAUUGGAACUAAGAAUGUGAAGAGAAUAAUAAAGAUGACUCACAAGUGAUAGUGAUUGGUGGAAAAUAAACGAUUGGGUAUCAACAAG